AUGGCGUCUGAGACGGAGGCGGGUAACCCGACUGCAACUGAACCGGAGGCCGGAGAGGGGGAUGCUUCAUUUGGGGAACUGCCCAUCAGCAUGGACACUGAAUCUUCAAAUGGCAAAGAGACAAUGGACGCAGCUGGUGAAGGUUCCGAGGCGGCUGAUACUCUUACUGGAUCAGGGGACGAAGACAGUGGGAGGCAGCUGGGAGAGGUGGAGCUGCAGUGUGCCUUGUGCAUGAAGUGGUUCACUGCAGACACAUUUGGCAUUGACACUGCGACUUGUCUUCCAUUUAUGACCAAUUAUGUGUUUCACUGCAAUGUGUGCCAUCACAGUGGUAACACAUACUUCCUCAGGAAACAAGCAAACCUGAAGGAGAUGUGUCUCACAGCUUUGGCAAACCUCACAUGGAGGUCCAGAACACAAGAGGAGCACCCAAAGACCAUGUUCUCCAAAGACAAGGACAUCAUACCAUUCAUUGACAAGUACUGGGAGUGCAUGACAACUCGUCAGAGACCGGGGAAGCUCACCUGGCCCAACAACAUAGUGAAAACGAUGAGUAAAGAGCGAGAUGUUUUUCUAGUUAAGGAACACCCAGACCCAGGCAGUAAAGACCCAGAGGAGGACUACCCCAAGUUUGGCUUGUUGGACCAGGACCUGGGAACCAUCGGACCCUCAUAUGACACACAGAAACAGACGACUGCUACUCCUACAGCUGGCGGGCUCAACGGUGGAUCUUCUUUCUCAGGCGCUCUGGCUCCUGGUCCAGGAAAAGGAAGAGGAGCCAAGCGUAAACAGCAGCAGCAACAGGAGGGCACAGCUGCAGGUGCGACGAAGAGAACCCGCAGUGACCCUCUGUUCUCGGCCCAGCGCCUGCCUCCUCAUGGUUACCCCCUGGAGCAUCCCUUCAAUAAAGAUGGCUACCGUUACAUCCUGGCAGAACCGGACCCUCACGCCCCGGACCCAGAGAAGCUUGAGUUGGACUGUUGGGCCGGCAAACCCAUCCCUGGUGAUCUGUAUAGGGCCUGUCUGUAUGAGAGGGUACUGCUGGCAUUACAUGACCGAGCGCCUCAGCUGAAGAUCUCUGACGACCGCCUGACAGUGACCGGAGAGAAAGGCUACUCUAUGGUGCGAGCGUCACACGGCGUACGGAAAGGCUCCUGGUACUUUGAGGUCACUGUGGAUGAAAUGCCCACAGAGACGGCAGCCAGGCUCGGCUGGUCUCAACCACUUGGUAACCUGCAGGCUCCGCUGGGUUACGACAAGUUCAGCUACUCAUGGCGCAGUAAAAAGGGCACACGCUUUCACCAGUCCAUAGGCAAGCAUUAUUCCUCGGCCUACGGUCAGGGAGACACGCUGGGCUUCUUCAUAGAGCUGCCAGACGGAACCGAGACGGCCAAGGCUCUGCCCGACACGUACAAGGACAAGGCACUGAUUAAGUUCAAGAGCUACCUGUACUUUGAGGAGAAGGACUAUGUGGACAAAGCAGAGAAAAGCCUCAAAACUGUGACGCCCAGCAGGAUGAUAUUCUACAAAAAUGGAGUGAACCAAGGCGUCGCCUAUGAAAACCUGUUUGAAGGCCUCUAUUUUCCUGCGAUCUCGCUCUACAAGGGCUGCACGGUUUCAGUGAAUUUUGGACCACAUUUCAAACACCCUCCGAAGGACAUCAAGUACCAGCCAAUGAGCGACAUGGGCUGGGGAGCCGUGAUCGAGCACACGCUGGCUGACAUGCUCUACCACGUGGAGACUGACGUCGACGGACGCCGCAGCCCGCCGUGGGAGAGCUGAGCGCUGUGUGAUUUCAGCACGCACGACACUGCUCCCCCUUCAGGCAGGAACAUGCCAGCUCCACACGCGGUGACUCAUUUCAACUCAUGAUUCCUGAAAGCAAGUGAACCGGAUGAUUUUAAUUAUAAAGUGAAGCAAAGUUUCUGAUUGAUGGCUGCAUAUCUUCACCCGCGUGCGUGUCAUCAGAAGACAUUCAACCAUGAACAUUUAACAAGUAAAAAAUCUGUAUAUUUUGUAGUUUUUGAUCAUCUGCUCUAAUCUGAGAGAUAAUAUGUGGCCACACAGUCCCACAGUCCUUGUGUGGAUGGGUUAAUCCUGCAGUCUUUAGUGUGUUCCGUCUUAUUUUGUUUUUUUCACUGUGUGUGUGUGUGUGUCAAAUAUUCACUCUUUUAUAUUCUGGGUUAAAUAAAAAAAAAAAUGACACUGAAAAGUUGAACUCCUUAUUAAUGAUGUCUGCCAACAAACUUCAGAGGUCAGCUAGUUUGUUCUUCUUCAAUAUAAUAUUGUUGCUAUAGAUUAUCUUUAUUGUGCAAAAUAAAUAAAUAAAAGAGUUAUAGCUGUGAUGAUGAGUGGGGUGAGAUACCAUUCUCUUGUCUCUUAUGCCUGUCACUACGUCAAAUGACUGGCUCUUACAUUGUGACCAUUGGAACAGACCAAAAAGAAUAUGAAAUGAAGCAUGUAAAGGGCCAUGUAUAUGCAACAUGCAUAGCAUUUACAUUCUGAAAGUAAAAAUGCUGUAGAAAUACAAGCGUUUUUAGCUGCGACAUUUCCUGUCCUGUGAAUAAUUCAAAAUAAAAGUCUAACUUUGUUUCACUAGUUAAA